AUGGAUGAGGGUUCCGACAAGGCCCCUCGACGGAAGAGGGUUUCCCGCGCCUGCGACCGCUGUCGCAGCAAAAAGGAUAAAUGCGACGGAAUCCGCCCAACCUGCUCAGCCUGCCAGGCAUCCGGCCAACCUUGCUCCUACGACCCACAUGCGAAGAAACGCGGCCUUCCAGAAGGCUAUGUCCGCGGCCUCGAGAAGCUCUGGGCGUUGUGUCUCUGUAACAUCGACGGAUUCGAGGAGAGCAUGCUCGCGAUGCUGGGGACGACUAGCGACUCACUCGCCCGACGGGACCGGCUGAUGUCGGUUUGGAGCGAGGAUGGGAGUUCCGAGAGCUUGCACGAAACCUGGAAGACCUCGCGACUAUAUGGGGAGUUGGAGAAGAUGCUUGCGGAGCCCAGCAGCAACAACAGCAGCAGCAAUGGGAAGCGGUCGUUCAAUCGUGAAGAUGAUGGCUGGGGGUAUCGCGUGUCGAGGGAUGAGAUGCCGCUGGGGAAUGCGCCGCGAAUUGUCGGCGCGGAUUCGUUGCAGUCGCACUCGCCCGGCGUUAAGCGCGCGCGAUUGGGGACUGCCACAGCAGGAACACAAGAACGGGCGACGCUCCAAUUACCCCCGCAAACGUCGCAACUGCUCGAUAUCUACUUUGCCGCCACGCACAGCUGGUUCCCCGUCGUUGCGAAACACAAUAUCCUACGCGCGUCGUACCUCUACGCCAAUGCCGCCGUCUCCGUUACGACGUCAUCGCCGGGUUCCGGGGAUCAUGCGGCUCUGUGGGCGAUUCUCGCCUAUACCAUCACCCAAUCGCAGUUACAGCCGCAGCGGGCGGGUGCUGCUGGAUCUGCCUCGCUGGCAAAAGAGUACUAUGCCGUCUCGCGGAGUUUGAUUCCGUCGGAGAAAGAACGCUAUGAAUUGGGCCAUAUCCAAGCAUUGCUGUUGCUAACAUUGGUCAAUAUGGGACUGGAAGAUUGGACGGCGGCGUGGCUAUUGAGUGGACAGGCGGUUCGCAUGGCUGUCUCGAUGGGACUGGGUGCAUACAGCGAUGCGCGACGGUCCGACGAGCUUCGACAGGGCAAAGCCGUGUAUCUCGGCUGUUUCGUCAUUGACUCAUUACUUUCGUUUCGUCUGCAGCGGUGUCCGGCCAUGUCGUCGAAUGAUCUUGCGACUGUCGGACUGUUGGAGGAGGAUGGGCUGGAGGAGUGGAAUUCCUGGGUCGAUGUCCUCCCUCCGACAGGCCACGGCGUCGCUGGGAAGAACCCGCCGCGAAGAGGGCCAUUGAUGGCGCUCAGCUGUUUCAACCGACUGGUAGAGCUCGCCAGUGUCCUCAACAAGAUCUCCCGCAAUCUCUCGAUGGGAUUUAAGCCUGCCACAUUCGCACAGCAGCUCGUCAUGGACCUGAAACAAUGGGAUGACGGCUUACCACUGGGCUGCCGACUCAUCGGACCAGAAAGCAUCUACCCCGAACGUCAUUCCGCUCUGCUCCCACACCAGAGCUACCUAGGCAUGACCUACGUAGCCACACUGUUAUGGCUCUACGUCCGCCUUAUCCCGAGCGAACAGGGCCUACAUCGAUCCCAGCGCCCUGCAACCGAAGGCGCAAAGAAACUGCUCUAUCGCGGACUAUCCAUGUUCUCGCAGCACCUAGAAAACUUUUCCAUGUGCGGACUGCCGCCAUUAUUCGAAUUGAGUUUGCGGACGAUCUCCGAACAGGCAUUUUCGCUGCGCCAAAAUGUCGAUGGGUUGGAGACGUUUCCGUUUGCGCGGUGGGCGGAGGAAUUCCGACAGAAGACGGUGACUCUUGCCCCGACUUGGCCAGUGUAUGCCUCACUCCUUGCGGCGAUGGAGCGGUCGCAGUCGAACGGCCAUUCCAAUACAUUCCACUCUGCGCCUGCUUUUGGGGGUGCUGUUCCUGCGAUGUCACUGACAAAACCGAAUGCUAUACAACGGGGUAUACCCGGUAUUCCAGACCAAACCUACGCCUCGUCCAUUAUGGGAAUUAGUAUUCCUGUCGACGGCCAAUCCCUCACGCCAAAAGACACAGUCAUGGAAAAUGCCGACCUCCCACUCGAAACAUUCCCUACCUCUCAUCCUAUUUCCGAAAAGCCACCACCAGCAAACUCUACGACUGGCACAAUGAGCUACCAACCACACCCCCCAGCACAACAACAACAACCACAAACCCCCGACUCCACAACCUCAAUGAUACCCCGCCCUCCAACCACCAACCCAAAUCCCACCUCCGUCCCCGACUUCACCGAACCAGAAAACCUAGACGCAAUCUUCAAAGACCUCGCCUACCUCGACACAACAGAAUGGUCACACAACCGCGAAGCAGGGCUCAAAGACUUUGGUUUUCUCGACGACAGCACCUUUCAAGCCUUCUGCCACGACCCCGAUCGACUAGUCGGCUCGCAGCCGCUCGUUCAUCCGCCUUCCAUCGCGGAUAUUUGGCCUCCGCCGGGAUUCUUUCCGGAGACGUUUCAGGAGGAAGGGGGGAGGUUGAUAUUGGGUGAUUACACUAAAUAA